GUACGUAGGUAUAGUAGUAAACACUACCAUUUGUACUACCUAUAUCUACAUUUAUUUCAUGUGUAAUAAUAGCACAGAUAAUAGUACGACGGAAACUAGAUUUUUUAAUUUAAAAAAUCUUGAUCGAUUUACGUACGUCGAACAACGAGUAGGUACCGAAGAGUGAGCGCAACAAAUUGUGAUUCUGCGAACCAGUGUCCACUUAUUUACAAUUGUAAUUGCAUAAUUAUAUAACAUAGCAUAAAUAGAAUACAAUGAAGGAACAUCCUGCUGCUGUAAGUGCCAUAAUCGGUCAAUCCCAGAGCACGUUUUUUAUACACUACAUGGUGCGCUGUAGGUGGUGCAGAUUAAAUGUUUCAAAAUGUUAACGUCUCCUAGACAAAGUAAACACCUACUGAUUAUGGAAGAUUGCGCUGUUUUUUAAUGGUCUUUCCCACAUAAUACAAUAAUUAAAUUGAAUAAUGCCUAUGAAGGAAUGGUUCCAGGAGUUGCAACCUGUGAAGCUAUACAUCAUAUUAACGUUAACAAUCACAUUUUUUAUUGUCGAGCUGGUAAUCAGUCAUUUUACACAUGCCAUAACAUUGUUAAUGGACUCGUACCAUACACUUUGCAACAUACUUGCACUGCUAACGUGUAUAAUAACUGUGAAGUAUGGCUCAAAAACCCUUCAAGCGUCCGGAAACCCACAAAUAGAUGAUAAGACCGCAACCGAAUCUUCCGAAACAUCGGCGAAUUGCGACAAAAUUCAGCCGUCCACGAAUUGCCUAGGCUCUCAAGAGAAGAAACUAAAAAAUACUUUCGGAUGGGCCCGAAUAGACGUUAUUGGAUUAUUGAUAUGUUGCGUAUUUUUAGCUUCGUUAAGUUUUUCGAUAGUGGUGGAGGCGCUUCAGACCUUGGUUCACAUUGGCCAUCACGACGAAAUGCAUCAUACGAUUCCCGUUUUUAUUGUAGGUAUCGUAGGUCUUGUAUUAAAUGUAAUUUGUUAUCUAUUAAUAGGAGGUUACACGUUUCACCAAGGAAGCUUCUUGUAUAUGAACGAGGAGGGAUGCGUCGUUCUAAAUCGCGUAGUUUCAAAUGACGCAGUUUCGAGAGGAGAAAAGAGAUUCGCGAAAACUCAAAAUGCGAAGUACAAGCAGAGGCAAGGGUGUAAAGAAAUGUUGCGCGACGCUAUUGGUUGUAUUAUUGUUAUAAUUUGCGCCGUUUUGGUUCAUUUUACCGAAGAAAACGUAGCGAAAUUUAUCGAUCCAUUAUUAUCCAUUUUGUCCGCCAUUAUACUGAUGGUACUUAGCUUUCCAUACAUGAAAGAAAGCUGUCUGAUUUUGUUGCAAACGAUACCCGACACGAUUAACAUUGAAUCUUUGAGAUCAGAACUACUAGAACACUUUCCAGAUAUUAUUAAUAUACACGAUCUGCACAUUUGGCAGCUAACGGCAACUAAAGUUAUUUCGACGGCGCACAUCAUUUUUGAAAAUCCUUUUGUAUACUCGAAAAUAACCGAUAGGAUAACGGAUUUUUUUCGGGAAUACGGCAUCACGCAAGUAACCAUUCAGCCCGAGUUUUUUAAUAGAAAACAAAAUAUUGAUAGUGUCGAUGAUAUAGACGAUGCUCUCGAGUGCCUUAUGCAUUGUCAAAGUGAAGGUUGCAAAACGAGCCACUGCUGCCCAGACGAUGUGCCAAAGGCGUUAACAACGAAAUCGAAGUCCAAAUCAAAAGAACACAUUCCCUCAGGCCCGAAUGUGCAGGUCAAAGUAAAUUUACUUGUGGAGGAUACUAGUUGUACUGAUUUCGGCACGGAGGAGAAUAGUCGGCGAGAAUGAAAUAAUAAUUUGGUUAUAGCAGAUUAAAAUAAACUAUUUUGUAUGUUAUUA